AUGCAAGCCGGCCCCAUCCGCAUCCCAACUGAUAGCAGUGACAUUGAGUGGGACUCCUGCUUCCAUCUAUCACAUCAAACCAAGAGCCCAGCACACCAACAAACAUACAAAUUGUGUCCCUCUUAUGGGUCUGGAGAGAGUGAAGAAGACACUAAAACCAAGGAGGAGAACUCCAUAGAGACUCUUCCCAAAGAGAAGUUAGCCCAAUCCCAGAGGAAAACAGCUGAGCUGAUUAAGGAAAAAAUGAAUAUCCAAGCAAACAAGGAACUGAUUCGCUGUGUCAUCCUUUCUCGGAUUAUUUUUGGGGAAGAACACUGGAAAUGUGCACAGGCUUUGACCAACCUGGCUUAUGGCUACCUGACACUGAGAGGCCUCCCAGCUCAGGCCAAGAAACAUGCUGAAUCCACCAAGAACACGCUGCUGACCUGGAAGGGAAAUAUGACCUCAAACAAGGAGAAAAAGGAAAUCCUGGGAGCUCUGAUUAUGCUCUACUACACUCUGGGGGUGGCCUGGCUCCUGCAGAACCAUGGUAAAGAGGCCUAUUUCAACCUGCAGAAGGCAGAGAGAAGCAUGAAGGAGCUGAAGGAAUUAGAUAAGGGAAGUGUUUAUGGAUUACAAGUCUCAGAGAAAGACCUAACAAUUGCUUUGGGCAGAGCCUCCUUGGCCACCCACAGGUUGAAUCUAGCUCUGGUAUACUUCGAAAAGACAAUUGGCAAUGUUAUUGCUGCCAAGGGUGAUAAGACACCAGAUCUGAUCAGUCUAUAUGAGGAAAUUGCCCAGAUCGAGCAGCUGAGGAGGAACCAUGACCAGGCCAUCCAGUACUUGCAACAGGUUGGCCCAUUCUAUCUGUGUGUGUCUGUGUUUACUGAAGUCAGCCCCAAAACCGCAGAGACGAGUGCAUUACUAGCCAAAGCAUAUGCCAUGUCUGGAGAGGCCCAACACAGGGGAAGGUAG